GUUGUACAAAGAAGUGUUGCAUUAUUUAUUAUAUAAGUUAUUCAUCUGUUGGUAAGAACAAGGAUUCAAAGAUCUAGCCUAUUGCUCGCAAUCAAGACGUGCGGAUCAGUUGAGUGAUGAACAGUAUGGCUGACUGUGAGGGUGACGGACAAGACAACCAGUUCUACGAGACUGUCAUUCUGGACACUGGAGUGUGGUAUGCCUGCGGACACGAUGACUGCGACCACAUCCAGAAGAAUGAGCUGCAAAUGAUUGAGCACUUGAGACAACACUUCUCAGCACUCGAUGGCCACCACUCCGAUGACGAUGUUGGAUCAGUUGAUGGCAUCAAUGAAUCCAAUGAAUCGAAAGACUCCAAAAUUAUGAUCAAUUUGUCCGAAGAGUCCAAUCAUUUAAAUGACAGUUCAGGUGAUGAAGAGACCACUCAUGAGCAACAAAUGGAUACAGAUAUGCCUCAAUUGAACGCCAAUUUAGACAAUGAUUGGGAGGUUUGGAUUGAAUCGAGAGAAUUGAAUGGAAGGGAUAGACUGUACUGUCAGUGGACUGACUGUCGGUUCAACACAAACCUCAGAGUUGCCGCGAGAAGACAUGUCUUUAACCAUUUGAAUGGAGUGUCGGUUCACACGACCUCUCCUAAGAUCACAGAAACUGAUUUCUGGAAUCAGAUCUUCAAUGACGUCAACCAUAACGAC